AUGGACGAAAAGCAUGCUAUAACAGAAACACCAGCGCCGGUCGAGACUGAGACCGAGAUAAAACCAAAUACAUCAGAAACUUGUGACCCUCAGAACUAUGAUACGGUCUGGAGACGAGUUGGUUAUCUUUCGCUAGGUGUACUCGGCCUUAGUUUAUUGAUUGUCCUGGCAUCGGUCGGCUUCUUCUGUUUCUUAUGGUAUAGCAAUGCUGAAAAUACCAUCUGGCACAAGAUUAUGAUAAAUGAAUGGGCAACUCGAGCGAUAUCUUUGACCUCUACGGCCCUACGAUGGGCUGUUGCGACGCAAGCUGCACUUGGUCUUGCCAUGCUGGCUGCUGUGGCUUUAGAGGGAUACGAUGUUCCUCUCGCGCAUACCGCUGACGUCUCCCUCAUGAGAGUUAACGGUGGACAACUUAUCCCAACCUUACUAGACGUCUGCUGGCCCCUAUCUCGAUUCGGUCCUCCUGGCGUUAUUCCCAGAACGGUCCUCCCCAUACUAGUGCUCUUGGGUACCUCCACAUUAGUCCAAUUUACCUCGACCGCCUUACUCUCGGACCUUCGUACGGACGUGCUUCCGGGCUAUCCUGUCCACUCCAACUUGUCCAUAGACUGGUGGUUCGAUGGGAAUUUCUUUCGCUGGACUCCCACAACAGCUGAAAUUAUGUGGGGGGGAAACAAACCAGAUUUCUGGCCUGCAUUCGCAGAACUCAGUGGCCCACCUCUCGUGCAAGAGGGUGUAUCCGAUACAGGGAAGAACGUUCGAGCAUUCCUACCUUUCGCAACAGUAGAGAGUCGCCAGAACGUCCGUAGCUAUGACGGUAAAGCGGUUCUAGUCGACACCCGGGUUACUUGUCAGCGCCCCGUCUUAGAUGAUCUCAUCAUGUAUACGCUCAGUCAUGAAGGAGAAUGGGACAUAAUAUUUCAACCCGUUCUCAAGGGUACUGUUGCGCCGACUGUCGAUACACCCCGGUUUAAUGCAUCAGAUCGCCCGACUCCCUUCGAUUGUCCGUUUUCUAGAUCAAACAGAAGAUCAUUCGCGAUCUGCGAACUUGCGAAUAUAAAAACAAGAACACCGGCUUCAAUGCAACAAGUGUAUGCCGGUAGCCUUGUGAGCGAAUUCCGAUCCUUCCCUCCCCUCUCGCCUAUGCAAAACGCUUCUGGAGCCGCAUACCUCAUUAUAGCCGUUAACAAUACCGAUCUACCUGUCGGCAAUGGGGAAUGGGCUAAGUUUGAAGUUGUUAGCCCUGGUGACGGUAGGAACACGACAUACGAAAGAACUUCCGUUGUCAGCGCCACUGUUUGCUACUCAGCCCUUGAUACUGUUAUCAGAGACGUUACGAUCUCCAGCACCAUGAAUAGAACGGAGCCAACCCUUUCAUGGAAUGAAACAACUAAGAAUUUUGACUGGACUAGCGUACAUCAACAGUUACUCUCAGGGCACAAGAGUAACCUAACAGUUGAGGAACGUGGAAUUUUGAACCUUAAGAGCAAAGCAGAUACUUUAGUUACCCCGGAGAGUCUUGAGCCCGGAACUGAUGGUCCGGUUUCAAGCACGAUAACCGGUAGCAUCUACCAAACCCAGUGGCCAUACAUUCUCGAAGCGGUACACUUGUCAUAUCCCGGCCGUGGCUGGGCAUACGGAAACUACAGUGUCACCCUGGAUGAGAAUUUUUGGGCAUGGCACCUCCAAUAUGGCUCAUGGCCACAGGUCGGGGCAGCAACAUGGGUCCGAACCCUCUUCGAACACUUAGUAUACGGUAACGACACCGUCGCCGACGCCCUGCACAUGAUACUUUUCACCCUUGCGGGAACCGCAUACUAUGAUCAAUUACCCCAGUAUAACAACUGGAAGGAAGUUGAUACGGUAUCUUUCGUACCGGCAUUACACCCCGGUGGCCCAUUCGGAACAACUCGUACUGAGAUACCGACCGGGCUUACUAUUACCCUGGCGGUCAUCGCGUUCCACGUUGUUGUCUUUUUUUACGUUUUCUGGCUUUUCGCGUAUAAAACCGGGUUUUCGAGGUUGGGAGAUACUUGGAUGGCGAUUGCCAAUGUGGUCGAUGCUACACUCACCGAUGGGAUGCUGGAGAAGGCAAGACAAGUCAGAGCGGGCAGAAAGAAAGUAGCAACGGCGGCACCGUUGGUCGGGGAGGCUGGAGGCAUUAUGAACCUCAAUGUGGGCUUGAAGACUGUUGAUGGGCAAGUCCGUCUAGUGCUAGGCAAGGAAGGAAGUCAAUAG